AUGGGAGGUUCGGCUCUUUCAAGAAGGGACGGCGACGCGGGGGCGCUGAGCCUGGGCGGGCUGCUCGCCAUCGCGCUCUGCGGCGGCGUCGUGGUGUUCACGUCCGUCGGGCUCCUGAUGGCGUGGAGGGUCAAGAGGCGCCAGAAGAGGGCGCGGGACAGGAUGUACACCCUGGCGGACGAGUACUCCAAGACUCGGCUGACGAAGAGGCCGGUUGUCAUGAGCGAGUCGGCGGUCAGCGGGCUGCCGAGCCGCUUGUCGUCGCGGUUCUCGCUGACGCUGCCGCCGAUCAUGCCGCUGCCGCCGAUGCUGUCGUACGGCAACCUCGGUGUGUUCCGGUCGGGCAGCAGACGGCGCGGGGAGGAGAAGGACGCCAAGGGCGGCUGGUUCGGCAGGGACGGCUGGAUCCGACAGGCUCAGGCUCCUGCGGUGCCGGCUCUGCGGGCCGCGGAGGAGGGGGGCGACGACGACGGGAUAUACGACCUCGGCGGGCGGCAGGACCAGCAGAGGCCGUCGUACGAGGAGUAUCGCAAGCAGCCGAUGGAGAAGGACUACGGAGGGGGGUACCGGUUCCAGAGCCCGAGUCACGGUCACGGCCACGGUGACGCGGCGCGCCGUGCCGAGCAGGAGCAGCAGCGCGCCCGCAGCCAGCAGCCAGGGCUGUGCGUGCAGAAGAAGAGGACGGGGGCGGCUCUGCAGACGAGCCAGACGACGCCGAAUCUCUGUCCGCAGGCGCGGGCGCGGGCGCAGGACGACGCUGCCGCCGCGAGGGGCCGCCCGUCCGGGCCGCGCCCGCCGGCUCGGGCACAUGUGCGGCCGUCCAUGACCGUGACGGACGUGGGAUUGAGAGACAUCCUGCGCUCGACGGACCAGCGGCUGCGCGAGGGCCCCAGCCGGUCUCCCACCAAGGACAAGACGCCGCGGCCGUCGCCGACCAGGUCUCCGUCUCGUUGUCGUCCGGGGUCAAACGCGGGCCGGGCGACGGGGCGGCACGACCCGGGGACGCCGAGCCCCAGCAAGCACAGGCCCGGUGGUACCGUGGCCGUGGCCGCCUUGUCGACGCAGGCGUCGAUGGCGUCGAUUGGCAGCGCGGCCAACAGCCUCAUUGCCGAAGCCACGCACCAACUCGAGGUUCCAGACGGCGUGCCCAGCCCCAGCCGUCUCGGAGGGCGGCGCCAACGGGAUCCGGAGCCCCAGGGCCACCCGCCUCUCCCGCCGAGCCUGCCGGGCAUCGAGACGACGCAGCACACGCCGAAUCACAGCCCCCAGAGGAGUCCGCAGAGAAGCGCGCAGCGCAGUCCGCAGCCAAGCCCGCCAAAGAGACGGUCCGUGGACAGUGACCAGUCGAGCUCGCUGUCCACGCUCUACAGCGUCGGCGAGCCCGAGAACGAGGAGCAAGAGAUCCAGCGCCAGUACUUCCUCCAGCAGCAGAGGUUCCGACGGGAAGAGCUGGAGGCGUUGGCCGCCGGGCGCGAUCCCUUUGUCGACAACGGCGACGGCGACGGCAACGGCCGCGCCCGCAGUCGUCCCGCCAGGCAGACCCUCGAGCAGCCCGCCGGUCCUCGGCCGCUGAGGCGCAUCAAGACCAUGAGCCCGAGCGUCCGCGAUGCCCGGGCGGACGCGUCGCCCGUUUCCCAGCCCCUGCGCCCGCUCUCCCUCAACUCCAAGGGCGGGCCGGGCCGCGGCAUCGACCUCCAAGUCGUGCCGCCGCGGCCGCUGAUGCUACGCGCCUCCGACGCGGCGAGGCCGAGGACGCCGCAGCCGCAGCCGCAACCACGCACCGCAUCAGACGCCAGCUUCGCGUCCGACUCGGUCAACAGCGACGACUCGGGGGCCACGGCGCUGCCGGCCUGCGAAACUCCAAGGCCGGAAUGGGUUGCCGCCGCGGGCCGCCGCGGGUCCCCGCCCACGCCCGCUCCCGGCCCGCUCACCCCGGGGAGGCAGGGGGACGGGGAGCGCGACGGCGGCAGAAACGCCGACUUCUCGUCCUCCCCCUUCAGCGAGCACGAGAUCCUGUCCAUGCUCCUCGCGAGCGGCGGCGCCAAGCGCGCGCUGCCCCUGCCGCCGUCGUCCGCAGUCACCUGCCCGGACGGCAGCGUCCUCGCGACGGGCCUCUCGCCCCGCCCGUCCGUCAAGAGCCCCGGGGGCUCGUCGCCGCACCGGAGAAGGUCGUCCGGGUCGUGCUCCAUCUCGCUGUGCUCCUCGGCCGCAGACGCCGCCGCGUGCGGCUCGCCCCCCGGCCGCCGGGUCGUCGCCGGCCACCGCUCCAGCAGGGACGGCCCCCCGGCGCUGGGCACGACUAUCGCGCAGCUCCGCCGCAUGAACAGCCUCGUUAGCUCCUACAGCGCCGCGUCGGUCGCGUCCACCGUCGCGGUCGGCGACGCCGACUCGCCCACCCUGCCGUGCAUCUUUACGUCGCUGUCGUCGCCGCUGCGGCAGCGGCAGCGGCAGCAGCAGCAGCAGCCGCCUUGCCCCCGGCCCGAGGACAGCGGCAGCAGGUACUACCUCAACGUGGGCGCGGGCACUCUGCCGAAACACCGGUCCCUGGGGGUGGGCAGCAGCCCCGGCAGGACGGGGGCAGGGACGGGGACGGCGUCCCGAAACGCGGUCCCGCACCACAGAAAGGGACGCAGCGAGGACGUCCUGCCCAUGCCCAAGCUCGGCCUCGGUCUCGGCCUCGGUCCCAGUCCCGCCGGCGAGCAAGAGGGCAAAGAGAACCAGCGCGUCGACGGCCUCGACGCAUCAGGAGACCAGGCUCGUCCUUCUCCUCGUCCCUCUCUUCCCCCCCCUUGCUCGCCAUCUUCACCGACGACGUAUUCCGCACAGGUCUUCAGGCUGCGCCAGGGCCCUGUGGGGGACUUGCUGGCGCGCGAGAUGCGCCCUGCCAAGCGGGACAGCGUCGACAGCUUGGGAUUGUACGACGAGGACGGGUUCCUGCUGCCGUCGCCGGAGAGGGACGCGAGGGCGUUGCGCGCGAGGGCGUUGCGCGUGUAG